GACUAAUCUGUGCCUCAUGGGGCUGAACGCCGCUGGAUCUACCGGCACUGACUGAACAACAAACUCUUCAUAACUGGAUCUUCUUUCUGCUUUUGGAGGAUUCAAAUGUUGAGGAAUAAAGGCGGACCUCUGGGCAGAGCUCUGGGGUUUUUCCUCUGACAGAGGAGGAGGAAGAGGAGGACAGCUGCAGUUUUGCCCCUCAUCUUUAAGCCUCUGCUGGAGUUUUUUUGGUGGAAGAAUGGGGGCAGGAGCUAUGACCAUCUGUCACAACCAGACUGCUGUUCUGGUCAGAGAAGACAUGAAGAGGAUGGUCCAGAUACCCAUGCUGAGAUCCAGAGCUGUGGCAGCCCAAAGCACCAGGGUGUUUGGCGCGUCCCUGCUGGAGCUGAGGGAGCGCGGCCUGGUGGAGGACGGAGUGCCUCUGCUGGUGCGGAGGAUGGUGGAGCAUCUCAGCAAGCAUGCGCUGCAUCAGGAAGGUUUGUUCAGAGUAAACGGGAACGUUCGGGCUGUGGAGACCCUGAAGCUGCGACUGGAGAGCGGCGGCGACGAGGCGGAGCUGCUCUCAGAGUCGGAUCUGUGCACCGUGUCCAGCCUGCUCAAACGCUACCUCAGAGAUCUGCCUGAAGGCCUGGUCGGCUCCGCGGUGCAGCAGAAACUCAUACAGCACUAUGAGGACAGAGGAGGUGAUGUUUCCUGGUUGGUGAUUAGAGACUUCCUGCAGCAGCUGCCAGAUGUUCACCACAACCUCCUGCGCUACCUCUGCAACUUCCUGACUCUGGUGGACAAAAACCACGAAGAAAACCGCAUGACGGCCCAGAACCUCGCCACCGUGUUUGGACCCAGCGUCUUUCAAGUUGCUCCCAGUCCUGAAGCCGUGAAGGAUCAAAAUAUUUGCAAUAAGAUCAUGGUCCAGUUCAUCCAGAACUACAGCUGCAUCUUUGAGGACGAGAGUCCGGACAAAGAGGACGAGACGGAGGAGCGCUCGACUCUCAGACCCGUCCAGGCUAAGUCAGAAGAGGAAGACACGAAGAAAUCAUCCAGUCAUCUCAGUCCAGUUCCACACAUAGAAACUGAGCUUCUAAAUUCACUUGAAGACAUGAAACAUCUCAACAAAAGCUGCAUCAAAACCUCAAAGACAAAGAAGACAAAGGUUCGGAAGGAGAGGAACGACGGCAUGCCUCAAGUCGCUCGUCAGCAAAGACAGCCUCAAGGGUCGCCCAGCACAAGGUCCUUCUCCAUACCAAUAGUUUUACCGCUGACCUCAGAGCUGACGAGUCCAAGCCCAGAGGUUACGGACACGUCGCCUCUGCCAGAACCGGACUCUUCCAGAACCGCUUCCCCACAUGUCGAUUUCAGCCUCUCUAGCAGCACGGAGGGCCUCAGCAGGUCAGUGCGUGGGAUUUACAGCUCACAGGAUGAAGAGAGGCCAGCAUCUCCAUUCUACAUGAGUAACCACCUCUCUCCUGUCCACUGCAGACCAGAUGUGGUGAAGAGUUUUCUGGAUCAGACCAUCCGCUCAGCAGUGGAGCAGCAUCUUUUUGACGGGACAAAUCAGCUUUCGGUGACUUGUGACUUGACCUCGCGACCUUCGAGCCUGACGAGAACGCCAACCGCGCGACAGAGACGUCGACAGCAGAGGGAGCAGCAGGCGGAAGGCCUCAGGCAAAGAAACCGAGCUGCAUCCACCAGAGCCGACACCAACAAGGAGAACAUCCCGUCGAGCAGCGGCAGCAGUUCAGGGAGCGCCGGGGAGGAGCCGACCAGCGGCGUGGAGUCGCAGGGCGGCCAGAGCGGCCGGGCCGCCCGGACCUCCAGGAAGUCCAAACACUGCCCGACUCUGGUGCAACUCACUGACAACCAGCCUGACCACGCGAUUAAAGAAUGUUUUGGUGAAAGACCUGGAGAAACCCACAUGGACCCACUUCAUAAAGGGAAUGAGAUUUUAAGGAAAGACGAGCCUGGAUCUGCUUCACAGACGUUAAGGAUGAAGAUCCAGGAGUCGCCCGCCGCCUGUGACGCGGGGAGGAUCGGAGGCGGGGAGAUGCGCGCCUCGGAACCGGACCGAGAGGACGUUCCGCGGCUGGACCUGACAGCUCUGACCGAGGACAGCAGCUGGGGAGAUUCCCCCUUUCCUAACUCCUGUUUCCUCGAUUUCAAAAGCGUUUUCCACGCUGCUCGUUGCGACGAGCCGAUCCUGGCGUGCCCGCUGCAAAGGGAGAGCAUGGACCGCGAGGAAGCCCGGCUGUCCCCCCACGCCGGCGGCCGCCUGAUCCGCCAGCUGCUGGAGGAGGACAGCGACCCCAUGGUGUCGCCCCGAUUCUACGCCUACGGUCACAGCCAGCAGUACCUGGACGACACCGAAGUGCCGCCUUCGCCGCCAAACGCUCACUCCUUCAUCAGUCGCAGGCGGAGCUCAUCCCUCGGCUCCUGCGACGACGAGAGAGAGGAGCUGACCUCCGCCCAGCUCACUAAGAGGAUUCAUGUUCUCAAGAAGAAGAUCCAGAGAUUCGAGGAGAAGUUUGAAGACGACAGGAAAUACAGGCCUUCACACAGUGAUAAAGCUGCAAACCCAGAAGUGCUGAGAUGGCUCAACGAACUGGCCAGACUACGGAAAGAGCUAAAAGAGCGGAAGCUGAUGAAGUCGGAGGAAGACCUCCCGCCGGUGACCCGCCAGCGCAGCAACACGCUGCCCAAAAGCUUCGGCUCCCAGCUGGACAAGAAGCCGCAGCAGGAGAAGGCGCCCAAGCCGCCGGUGGAGAGCACUCUGGAGUCCGUCCUGAAGAAGCUGCAAGAGAAGAGACAGGAGGUGAACCGGCCCGAGGACAUCAAGGAUAUGACACGGGAUCAGAUCGGAGUGGAGAAAGUCGCCCUGCAGAAAGCGCUGCUGCAUUAUGAGAGCAUCCACGGCCGACCGGUGACCAAGAGCGAGAGGCAAAUCAUGAAGCCGCUGUACGACAGAUACCGCCUGGUGAAGCAGAUCCUCUGCAGAGCCUCCACCAUCCCCGUCAUCGGCUCCCCCUCCAGCAAGCGCAGAGGGCCCCUCCUUCAGCCCAUAAUCGAGGGUGAAACCGCUCUCUUCUUCGACGACAUCAAGGAGGAGGAGGACGGCUCGGAGGACGACGGAGAUACAAAGACUCAGUUCACAGAAAACAUUCAGCCUGAGCUCAGCGUUUUCAGCUUCAUGGACGAGGAAGUGGACGGUUUCAUUUCUCCCGUGGACGAACUUUCACCCUCCAAAACCACGGCAGACAUGGGGCUGUCCAACCUGCACUCUGCCACCAUGCAGGAACUUGUGGAGCAACUUCAAGAGACAAGAGAGGAAAAGAAAAGGAUCCGCAAGAACCUGAAAGAGUUUGAGGACCAAUUCUUCAGACAAAAUGGAAGAACUGUCCAGAAGGAGGACCGCUCCCCGCUUGCAGACGAAUAUCACGAAUACAAACACGUGAAGGCCAAACUGCGACUGCUGGAAGUUCUCAUCAGCAAGAGAGACUCGACUAAGCUCAUCUGAGUUGAUAUGGAUUUUUUUUAAAAACUGUAUUGAGACUGGUGCUCAGUUUCCUGUGAUUCAAACAUCUCUGUCUCUGUUGGACUAAACUGGGAACAAACUGCUGCUCUGGGAACACAAAGCCACCCGUUUCUUCAUCAGAACUCAACUUUGAAGCAAGAACUUUGUUCAGACGAAGCAGCACACGCACAAAUAAACCUAAAUCACUGAUAAUUUAUUUCUAUCAAUUUGAAAGUUUUAAGAGAAUUUAUUUCCUAUGUUAAACUGUAGAAAUUGUUAAAGUUAAAUCCUAAUAUUAUUUAGAAGAAAUUAGUCAUGAAAUUGUUAUUUUUGAAGGAUUUUGUGAUGAAGAUGUGUAUUUAUGCGUAUUUUUCUAAGGGAGAUGUUACUGUUUGUAUCAGUUUUCAUCAAAAUGAAUAGCUUCUGUUAUUUCAGUUUUGGCCACCAUGUUCUGUCUGAAAUAAUCUUUUAGUUUUGCUUCUUUAGAAGUUUAAUAAUCAAGCACUUGCUCACUACAACCCUCACAGGCACCGAUCUCAUCCAAUCAAAAUUGCCCAUUUUUGUGACCACUUCAAGAGUUUUGUGGGAUUUUGUGUUCAUGCUUCUUACUUUAUGCCACAUAAGCUGAUCUGUAAGUCACUGUUUGGUGUUUUCUGUUCAAAGCAGACCAGGCCGGGCCAGAACAUGGCCGCCCGUUUGUUUCUCUGUAAAUACGGAUCACGAAGUUUGUUUACGUUUCUGUGAGCGAGUACUUUUCUCCUUUCCUUCUCCAAAAUGGAUGAUUACCUGUGUGAAUUUUGUUUUCACUUAGUGUAAACACUGGCCAGGCUUAACAAAUCCUGAGUGUGUACAUUUUAGUACAUAAAAUUGUAUUUUGUAUAUAAUAUGAAUUAAAUCAUAUUUUUACGGA